AUGGAUCUUGAAAUAAGAAGACAUAUGGAGAGUCUCUGUGGGAGAUCGGAGCUGGGCAUCCAGGCGUUUGUAUCCAAUGGAAGAUAUCUUUGUCUUCUCUUCAAUCGGGAGACACUGCUGGCCGGGAUGACACUCCAGAAAAUAAGAAAUCGUGUGUAUAUAAGAAAUGUCGACACAACAGGUUAUGGGAGAGGGCAUGCUAGAGGAUUCAUCCUAUCGGUCCUAAAGACACUGGCGCCUGGAUUCUGCUGCUGCUUCAGUGUUCCAAGGAGUGAGUACAUCUUUGGCGGUAGUUCCAGGAAUAGAGAAAAGAGGAUCAGGGGGCCCGGAGAGCUGCUGGAGUAUUGGAUUGAAGUGUUUGAGAGCCUUUACGACGAUGUGCAUGUAUGGUCGAACCACUAUGAGAACAUCUCUUAUCCAUUUAAGCAUAUCGACGAGGUGGUGUAUUUUGAAGAUGAUCCCAAGGAAAAGCUCAGAAGGCAUUUUGAGGGAGGCCUAGAGGAGAUGUUUGCGGCACUGUUGUGCAGGGCAGACUUUGCCAGUGGAUCAUUGGUGUAUGGCCAGUCACGUGGAGAUGAUGUGUGUAGUGUGGUAGAGACAAGCAUUGGGGACGUGGAUGGCAUGGAGGCGAUGCUGAGGACGCUGGACUUCUCGUCAAUUUCCAAGGCAAGGAGAUCUACAAAGAAGUUUAUAUGUGAGUUUGAAUUGGCCGUGGAGUAUUUCCAAGGCCAAGGAGCUGUGAGGCCCAAGAAGAAUGAGGAGGCCUUUGCUGUCAUGAAUGCAACAAAUAAGUCUUGA